AAUAUUAAUAUUGAUAAUGGGUAUGAUGUCAAUUUCCAGUCCCCUCUCUUCUCUUCUCAUCUGUUUUAUCUAGAAAAUUGUAAGACAAGAUGAAAACAUCAAACACAGACCCCUGACCUGACUCAUCAUUCUCCAAAUCUUUCUUAUUGACUAACACAACAUACCAUGCAAUCUCUUCUUGUUUAUAGAUACUAUACUACAAACAAGACUCUAAGCAACCUUCAUUUCUUUUUACUUGGUCGUUCCCAGGUGCAGAGUCCAUUCUUCUUGUAAAUAUUCAAAGCAGCUAUGAGUUUUAUGAUUUGCUUCUAUCCUGCUCAUUCUCCAGCUCUGUUUUCCUCUGUUUCUUGCUUCGAAUCAAAUUUACAUUUCGAAUAAACUAAUGAGCGUCAGAAGGCUGUUUAUUUCUUGUAGUUGUUUUAGUUCUCGAAACACAGGUUUGGUUAAUGAGUGCUUGCAUUACAAGAUGAGUUCUUUCUUGGCCAUUGGCUGGUUCUCCCUCUCCACUCUUUUGCUUCCUCUGUUUGGCAUCGUGUUUUCGUAUAUUUUCAGGUUAACAAGGAAGCAUAGCUCUAUGAAUUAUAGUUCUAGCUUUAAUUAUGUGAAAGAAGAGAAUAAUAUUGAUGAUUCGGAAAAUGAUGGGCUUUUUAAGGAUGGGAAUUCUGAUUUCUGUUUACGAUUUAAAUUCCCUACUUAUGAAGAAUUUAGUAGGAGUGAGUAUGACAGCUGCAAUCUUAUAAGUUUUGAGGAGAAACCCUCUUUGAGUUCUCGUAAGUAUGAAUUUACGCCUACAGAAAGUGUUAGCGGUUUUGUUGAUGAGAUGGAGCCUAGUAGAUAUAAAGUUGAAAGGGUAAACGCAGAGAUGAAAAGUUGUUCUUUUGGAAAUGGUGAAGUGAAAGAAGAUGAGUUAUGGUUGGAUAGGGUUAUUAGUUCGCUUUAUGUAGAAGCUGAGUCUGAUCAUAAAGAAGGAUACAAGGUGAAAGGAGAUGAGUUGCUGUUGGACAGGGUAAUUAGUCCACUUCAUGUAGAAGCAGAUUCUGAUGAAAAGGAAAUACACAAGGGUUCAACUGAUGGUUUGAGUGUGGAACAUGUAAUUAAGGAUAAUGAUGCCCCGGAAGUCAUGGGAGAUGAGGAGAACCUGAUUAGUGAAAAAGAUAAGUCUGAUGCAUGUGAUGAGGAGGAGGAACCUUCAUCCAUGGAUAAUGGGUUCUUGGAGGCAUUUAGUUCGAAUGAUGUGCAUACAUUUAAAAGUCAUUUAGUUGAUUCGUGUAAUAAUGGUUUUUUAUCUGAUGGAGAAUUUGGAGGAACUUUUGUACUUGAUCAUAUGAUGGACUUGGAUGAGCACAAGGAAGAAUCAGACAUGAAAAUGAAAGAGUUGGAUAAAGAAAAUCAAGAAUCCGAGGAUUUGGGUGAGGAAGAUAGUGAUAUUGUUAAAGAGCUCAGAAUUUUUGAAGAAGAAAGUUUGCAACCUUCACAUAAGUUCAAAUAUAAUUUUCUUUCUGAGAAACAUUUUGGUGAACAACUGGAAAGUAGUGGCAGAAGAGAUCAUAACUACAUCAAGGGCUCAGGUAAAUUGGCUAGUCCUGGAUUGAAGAAUGACUCGGUUAUGGAUUCUGAUCAGGAUACCAAUAAACUUGAAACAUUGUGGGAACAUCAAGAUUUGAUUGAGCAGUUGAAAAUGGAGCUUAAAAAGGUGAGAGCUACAGGGCUUCCCACUAUACUAGAAGAAUCAGAAUCACCAAAGAUAAUAGAGGAUUUGAAGCCAUGGAAAUUCGAUGACAAGUUCCACCAUGACAAUCCAAUGGGGGAACUUCACAAAUUCUACAAGAGCUUCAGAGAAAGGAUGCGAAAAUUUGAUAUCUUGAAUUACCAGAAGAUGUAUGCAAUAGGUUUUUUGCAGCUUAAAGAUCCACAUCAAUCAAUUUCAGUGGAAAAAAGUUCCGCUGUGGACAUUACAACGUCGCUUUGGGAAAAUUUAUACAUGUACAAAAGCAAAAAACAUGAAACUGACCCGACAAAGAAAUUCAUAAAAGAACUGCAGAGUGAUUUGGAACUGGUUUAUGUUGGCCAAAUGUGUCUUUCAUGGGAAAUUCUACAUUGGCAAUAUGAGGUGGCUUUGGAUCUUUGGGAAUCUGAUCCUCGUGGUAUACAUCGCUACAAUGAAGUGGCUGGAGAGUUUCAACAGUUCCAAGUGCUUAUUCAACGGUUUUUAGAGGAUGAAUCCAUUGAAGGAUCGCGAGUCCAAAACUAUGUUAAGCAUCGCUGUGUUCUGCGUAACCUGCUUCAAGUUCCUAUCAUAAGAGAGGACAUCUCAAAGGACAAAAAGAAAUCAAGAACGAGCAAAAGAGAUGAAUAUUCCAUUACCAGUGAUAUGCUAGUGGAGAUCGUUGAAGAAUCAAUACGAAUCUAUUGGCGUUUCAUUCGUGCUGACAAGAACUGCAGUACUGCCAUAUUGAAAAGCCGGAAGGGACAGACUGAACUUCAAGACCCUGCAGACUCUCAAACAUUCAGAGAGGUCCAAAAAGAUUUCAAGAAGAAAGAUAGGAUGCUAAAGGAUCAGAUUAGAAGCGGUAACUGCAUACUAAAGAAAUUAAAGAAAUGUAGAGAAGAUGAUGCUGAAGAUCAAGUACUCAUUUUCUUCUCUCAAGUAGAUAUGAAGUUGGUGUCGAGGGUGUUAAACAUGCAGAGACUAACAGCAGAUCAACUGGCCUGGUGCAGAAAUAAAUUGAACACAAUCAGUUUUGUAAAUAGGAAGAUACAUGUAGAACCCUCAUUUUGUCUUUUUCCAUGUUAAGUUUGAUAGAUAUGUAUAAACAUUAUGAGUUGAUCAUAAAAGUUUGGAAUAGUCUAAGAGGUACCAUUGUUAUUAA